AUUUCCAAGUGACCCCAAACUUUUGAAUGGUUUUGGAUAUCAUGAUUAUUUGCAUAAAUUAGGAGGCCAUUGUUUAGCAGUCUCUGCCAUGAUGUGCUGCAGCAGUAGGCCUAACAGCAGAAACAUUGCUAAACUAAUACAUUCCUCUCCUGCUAGAUGUACAAUUAAAGGGGAAUUACAGAUUUUUUUUACAUUUGUUAGCAUUUUUUUUCAGACCUCUACAUUUUUCUGUUGAUGUGAUUUAAGCAUUGACUCAGAACAUCAAUUUCCAUUGUUUCUCUCUGAAUAAUUGUAAUAUUGAGAGUAAAAAACAGAAUUUGGAAUAAUUCAAAAUAACAUUUUAUAGGGCCCCCUUAGAGUUGUUAUUUGACUAUUAUAUAUUGCCAGAAAACACAUAUCUUGUAUAAGGAACAGGGGAAGAGUUGCAGGGUUGAGGAGAGGAGAAGAAUUUGACGAUUUGAAAGCUAUUAAAAAAAUGAGUAGCUCGUGAAAUUCAUUUUUCUUUAUGUAGCUGUCAUGCUAGAAAAGGUUGGAGAUCCCUGCUGUACAGGCUUCCUUAUUUUCACUCUGUCAAUUAGGUUAAUAUUGUGGAAUAACUACAAUGUUGUUGAUCCUCAGUUUUCUCCUAUCUCAGCCAUUAACGUCACCAUUGACCUCAAGGUGAAAUCCCUGAGCAGUUUCCUUCCUCUCUGGCAACUGAGUUAGGAAGGAUACCCGUAUCUUUGUAGUAACUGGGUGUAUUGAUACACCAUCCAAAGUGUAAUUAAUAACUGGUGUAAUUGAUGCUCAAAGGUAUAUUCAAUGCCUGCAAUAUUUUAUAUAUAUAUAUAUAUAUAUAUGUGUGUUGUUUUUUUGUGCUUGGGAAGGGGUUGUCUUUUUCAACAAGUUGCUGAAAUGGCUGGCCAGUUUCCAGGAGAAGCAGGAGGCCUUGGACAAUGUGCACCUCCUCAUUGGUCAUGGGGAAAACAACAUGGAUGCUGCCCUCCAGGCCCUCUCUCGGGGCAUAGAAACAUACCAGAUUCAACCCGGUUGCCUGGAGCGUUUCUUCAAUGAUGGCGAGGCUCCUGAUGCCGGCCUUCUCCCAGACCAUCUGAGUGUCCUUCCAGACUGGACUCUGCUGCCGUUGACGAACGGGACACUUCCCCCCUACAUGAUAUACAUUCUGCAGCGGAGGCCAGUGAUACAGGGUAUCCAAGUGGAAGAUCACAGCUUACCCAGUGGGAACAUCACCUCUCGGCCCAUACGGCAGGCAUUCUACGGGCUGCUGCUGGGUGAGGGGAGGGAAGUGGAGGAGUAUGACAGGGAAGAAACAAACCUGACCAGCAGCAAGGUUAAUGCCAACCUGCCCAGUGCUGCACAACAGCUGCAGCUGGACACACUGGAUCAGGCUCCACAUUUAGUGCGGCUUGAGGUGUUUUUGGAGACCGUUGGUGUGUCCCAGUCCACUUUGAAUGGUCUCCCACUUCACCUGGGACUUCCUGUGGCUGUUACCUACUACUGGCUGAGGCACGCCCAUCCCCGACCAGACCUUCCUCUCCUGCAGGCCCUGCUACUAGGACUUGUGUUCGGAGAGCUCUGCAGACAGAGGAAGAGCCAGAGAGGGUUUAUAGAGGAGGGACCAGUGUUGGAGAGGAUGAGAGGGCUGAUUCAGAGACGUGCUAUGAGUCCAGACCUGGGUGUGGCCCACGCCUAUAACCAAUGGCAGCGCUGCAUGAGGGAUGGCCUUUACCUGAACCAACUUCUGUGUCUCCCUCUACCUGAGCCUCAGUGUGCCUGGCUGUACAAGGGUAGUCUGCUGCACCAGCUUGUGGGCCAACUGAGACGGGGGGUGACCCCGGAUUCUCUCCUGAUGGAAGACCCUUCCUCUGGGCAGCUGUACAGAGCCAUGCUGGAAGCCAUACUCAACUCCUAG